GCCAUAGAUUCAUAACCUAUUCAAUCUGAUGGUGUUAUUACUUUAGCUGGAACUGGGCCUGUCCUCAGUUUCUUACUUGUCAUUAAAGAGGAACGCGUUGGUUCAGUUUUAGCAGAUCGUGGAAUGUUCUGUUUAACAAAUGCAAGACACUGGGCUUCCACUGCACCUGAUCACGAGUGUGACUUUGUAGACAAAAUAGCCAAGGAAACUUUUAAGACGCUGAACAAGUUGUCUCCAUGUGAAAUCCGUGGUCUUCCUGGGGCUGAACUGCGCAUGCAGGAACUGGAAAAGUUAUUGGAUCUUAAAAGGAAAAGCUGUGUGAGAGUUGUUGGUGUUCUUGGUAUGGCAGGUAUCGGUAAAACAACUGUUGCAGAUUGCGUAUAUAAACGAAAUUACAGCCGAUUUGAUGGCUACUGCUUUCUCGCAAACAUUAACAAUGAAGAGAGACUACAUGGAUUAAAUCAUUUGCAGCAGAAACUCCUCCGAAAAUUAUUGGAUGAAGAGAAUCUAGAUGUUGGAGCUCCUGAAGGAGCACAUGAAGCUUUGAAGGAUCGUCUUCAGAACAAGAGACUGUUUAUUGUUCUUGACGAUGUGACAAAUGAAGAUCAAAUAAGAAUCCUUAUCGGACAAUGGAAACAAGAGUUGUAUCGAGAAGGAAGUCGGAUUGUGAUAACAACCAGAGACAAGAAACUACUGGAGAAGGUCGUUGAUGCAACAUAUGUGGUUCCGAGAUUAAGUGAUAGGGAAGCACUGGAGCUUUUCUGCUUGAAUGCAUUUUCUUGUAACCUCUCUCCCACCACAGAAUUCAUGGAUCUAUCAAACAAGUUUGUUGAUUAUGCUAAAGGGCAUCCGUUAGCUCUGAAGUUGUUAGGUUCUGAUCUAAGUCAAAGGGACAAACUUUACUGGCAGAGAAAGUUGGAGAGAUUGGAGAAAAGGCCAGACGGUAAGAUUCAGGAGGUGCUGAAAAUGAGUUAUAUGGAACUGUGUCCGGAGCAGAAGAGCAUCUUUCUCGAUAUUGCGUGUUUCUUCAAGUCAGAAAAAACAGAUUUCGUUUCGAGGAUUCUGAAUACUGACCAUAUUGAUGCUACAACUCUGAUUGAUGAUCUUGUUGAUAAGUGUUUGGUAACCAUUUAUGAUAACCGGCUUGAGAUGCAUGACCUUCUGCUGACAAUGGGGAAGGAGAUAAGUUAUGAAUCAUCCAUCAAAGAGGCAGGUAACCAGGGUCGAUUAUGGAACCAAGACGAUAUAUGCCGUUUGCUGAAGUAUAAAACGGGAACUGCAGAAACUAGAGGCAUCUUCCUGGAUAUGUCAAACUUAGAAAACAUGAAGCUAAGUCCUGAUGUAUUCACAAAGAUGUGGAAUCUCAAGUUCCUCAAAUUCUACAAUUCCCAUUGUUCUCAAUGGUGUGAGAAUGACAGUAAAUUUUGCUUCCCGUGUGGUCUUGAUUGCUUUCCAGAUGAUCUGGUGUACCUCCAUUGGCAGGGAUACCCUUUGGAGUACCUACCAUCAAACUUCAACCCAAAGAAACUCGUUGAUCUCAAUUUGCGUCAUAGCCAUCUUAAAAAACUUUGGGAAGAAGAAAAGAAUACAGCAGAGUUAAGGUGGCUUGAUAUCAGUCAUUCAAAAGACUUGCUGAGUUUAUCAGGCUUGUUGGAUGCUCGAAAUAUUGAAAGACUGAACGCUGAAUGCUGUACAAGUUUGAUCAAGUGUUCAUCAAUCCGUCAGAUGGACAAUAGCCUUCGAUACCUAGCUGUGUUGAAUUUAAAGAAGUGUUGUAAGUUGAGGCAUCUUCCCAGCAAUCUUUGCAAGAUGAAAUCUCUUCAAGAACUGAUACUUUCUGGCUGUUCAAAACUGAAGUGUUUCCCAGAAAUUGAUGAGGACAUGGAACACUUAGAGAUUUUGCUUAUGGACGAUACGGCCAUCAAACAGAUACCUAUAAAAAUGUGUAUGAGUAAUCUCAAGAUGUUUACAUUUGGUGGAUCUAAAUUCCAGGGUUCAACAGGUUAUGAGUUACUUCCUUUCUCAGGAUGCUCUCGCUUAUCAGACCUCUAUCUCACAGAUUGCAAUCUCCACAAGUUGCCCAACAACUUCAGUUGCUUGUCAUCGGUACAUAGCUUAUGCUUAAGCAGAAACAAUUUAGAAUACCUACCCGAAAGCAUCAAGAUACUUCAUCAUCUUAAAUCACUUGACUUGAAGCACUGCAGAAAGCUCAACUCACUACCAGUGCUUCCCUCAAAUCUGCAGUACUUGGAUGCUCAUGACUGUGCUUCUCUAGAAACAAUUGCAAAUCCCAUGACACAUCUUGUGGUAGCUGAAAGAUUUCAAUCUACUUUUAUAUUCACUGAUUGCUUUAAGCUUAACCGAGAAGCGCAAGAAAAUAUUGUGGCUCAUGCCCAACUCAAGAGUCAAAUAUUGGCGAAUGCGUGUCUUAAACGAAAUCAUAAGGGACUAGUUCUUGAACCUUUAGCUAGUGUCAGUUUUCCUGGAAGCGACUUACCUUUAUGGUUCCGCAAUCAGAGAAUGGGUUCUUCCAUAGAAACACACUUGCCUCCACACUGGUGCGACAGUAAAUUUAUGGGGAUCUCCUUAUGUGUGGUUGUCUCUUUCAAAGACUAUGAAGAUCAAACCAGCCGUUUCUCUGUAAUUUGCAAGUGCAAGUUCAAGAGUGAGAGUGGUGAUUGCAUCAGGUUUGUUUGCACUCUUGGGGGAUGGAAUGAGCUGUGUGGAUCAUCUGGACAUCAAUCACGGAAACUUGGGUCUGACCAUGUGUUCCUCAGUUACAAUAACUGUUUCCAUGUCAAGAAAUUUUGUGAAGACGGUAAUGACUACAAUCGAUGUUGCAUUACUGCAGCCUCUUUCAAAUUCUUUGUUAAUGAUGACAGCAAGAGGAAGCUAGGAAGCUGUGAGGUGGUGAAAUGUGGUAUGAGCUUGCUAUAUGCUCCGGAUGAGUCUGAUUAUAGACUCCAGGAAACACUGGAGAAUAACCUCGAGGAAGUGACAUCUAUAAACGAAGCAGAUCGACAUGAAAAUGGUUUGGAUGAAGCUGUUUUGCUCAAGAGGAGGAAUUUUUUUUUAAAAGAUGAAGAGCACAUGGUUGCUUACCAAGGCUGGAUUCAGACUAAGGUCACUCAUGUUUCACAUUGCAACAAUUCAAAAGGUUAACUUAGUAGAGACAUUAACGCCGAGAAUGACACUUUGUUUUAGAAGGUUAGCUUCAGAAAAUUGAUGCAAGUGUCAGAGAAAUAUUCCAAAACAGUGUUGAGUUAGCCAUCUCUUUUUUAUUCGAGUAUUAUUGGCAGGGACACUAGGAUCUCUGCAGAGUAUACUCUGUUUAGCAACACCAAGUCAAUCUCAAAACAUUCAUCCGAAACUUCUUGAGCAUUUGGAAUAUUCAGUUAUAAAUAUACUGUCUUGGGUUGU